CAAUCUAAAGUUCAUAAUGUAUGAAAAAAAUAAGUUAUAAUUAAGAGAAAAAAAAAUAAGAAGAUGGCAUCCAUGAUUUCCUCGGCCGCCGUCGCCGCCGUGAGCCGGUCUACUCCGGCUCAAGCUAGUAUGGUUGCACCAUUUACCGGACUUAAAUCUGCCGUUUCAUUCCCUGUUACUCGUAAGGCUUCUAAUGACUUGAAUUCUCUCCCCACUAACGGCGGAAGAGUUAACUGUAUUCAGGUUUGGCCGACAACUGGGUUGAAGAAGUUUGAGACACUAUCUUACUUGCCACCUUUGACUGAAGAACAAUUGGCUAAGGAAAUUGAAUACUUGCUCCGUAACGGAUGGAUUCCUUGUUUGGAGUUUCAAUUGGAGGAGUUGAACGGGUUCGUGCACCGUGAGUACAACAGUUCGCCAGGAUACUACGACGGACGUUACUGGACAAUGUGGAAGUUGCCCAUGUUCGGAUGCACAGACUCGAGUCAAGUCUUGAAGGAGUUAGACGAGGCAAGGAAGGCGUACCCAACCGCUUUCAUUCGUAUCAUUGGAUUCGACAACAAGCGCCAAGUCCAGUGCAUUUCCUUCAUUGCCCACAAGCCACCGGGUUACUAAAAUGGUUCUAUCCAUACGAGUACAUCAUUAGAAACUGAUGAUCACUCUUAAAAAAAUCAUUUACAUAUAGUAUUAUAUACUAUAUCACCAUCUGUCGACUACUCAUGUCAGUUUCUUUUGAUUGCAUUUAGGGUUUUUUCUUAACAAAAUAAAUGAGUUUGUAAUUUCUUGGUAUUAUUAUAUCAUAUGUAUCCGGAUUAUCAAUAACUUGGAUGAGAGACUCUUCUUAUCAACUUAAUAAAUGGCGAGCUAGUUCUAUUAA